AUGGCGGAGACAGCCACAGCAGACGUAUCCAAGCAGCUGACCAUCAUCGGCUCUGCAACGUGUGGAAAAACAAGCAUCCUUACCAGGCAUGUAAAAAGGACGUUUGGGACGGAGAUCAGCCCCACCGUAUUCAACUCUGUCAGCAACACAUAUAAGCACAAGGACCAUGUAAUUGAGCUGAGGCUCUGGGACACAGCAGGGCAGGACGAGUAUGCCAGGUUCCGACACCUUGCAUUGCCUUCGGCGGACUAUAUUAUGAUCGUGUAUGCUGUUGACGACAGAUCCUCCUAUGCCGAGGUUAAAAACAGCCUUGUAGGGCAAGUAAGGGAGAAGGCGCCCCAGGCCAAAUACUUCCUUGUUGGGGCGAAAACCGAUCUGAGGGAGGACAGUGCGAGACUCGAGGAACUUGCUAGGAACGGAGACUCUCCGAUAACCACUUCUGAGGGGCUGGAGCUUUCUCAGAGCAUUGGGGCGAUGGGAUACUUUGAGUGUUCUGCAAAGAACAAUGUUGGAAUCGACGAGAUAUUUGAGAAGAUUUCUGAGUACGCUCUGAGGGCGCAGCAGAAGGAAAGCAUGUCUUUCAUAGGGGCGAUGUGCGCUUCUCUGUGGAACUGCCUUAGCUGCAGACAAAUAAAUUGA